AUGGCUGUGAUUUUAUCCAAGAAAGCUGAAUUUUGCUCAGAUUGUACGGUUGAGUUCUGGGUGUGUUGCGGUGUAGUUUAUGCUGCCGCUUGGAGGUUUCAAGUGCCCCUUCCUGAGAAUCCGCCAUGGUGGAAGGCAUUUGAUGCUGAGAAAUCAGGGAUUGACGAAGUUUGUAGGGUGCUGGCUCAUCUGUACAGCCUUCCUAAAGCAAAGGUGUGUUGCGGUGUAGUUUAUGCUGCCGCUUGGAGGUUUCAAGUGCCCCUUCCUGAGAAUCCGCCAUGGUGGAAGGCAUUUGAUGCUGAGAAAUCAGGGAUUGACGAAGUUUGUAGGGUGCUGGCUCAUCUGUACAGCCUUCCUAAAGCAAAGUACGUACCAGUCUGUAAGGAUGGAGAUUCUUUUACAUUUUCUAACAAGUCAUGUAAUUCACAGCCUCGGCCAAUUCCAAAGGCUGCAGCAGAAGUCAAUCCUGAAUCUGGUGGAUCAAAGGGUGUGUUGGCCAAGCUAGCCAUUGAUAAGCUGAAGGACUCUAAAGAGAGUGAUGAAAGUAUGCCUAUCGAGGGAGAGGCAAUAGAAGAUUUCAGUAUCAAAUCCAAGUUUGAACGCAAAAUGGAAUCUAGUGGCAAUAAAAGCAGGGACAGGGACAGGGACAGGGACAGGGAGAGAGAUAAGGAGAGGGAAAGGGAGAGAGAGAGAGACAGAGACAGAGACAGAGACAGGGAUAGAAUGAAAGUCCGGGGGGCAGGAAUUCUGACCGGGAAUGAGAUCGAGAAGGGGAUGAGAGGGACAGAACCAAGGACCGAGGUUAUCGUUCAAAGGAUAGAGCAAAAGAUUCAGGGGGCAUUUGGAGAAAUCAAGACAUCAGUCGUUCCGAGUUUAAAUCCCGUCAUCUGA